CCCGCCGCCGCCGCCGCCCCCUCCCCUCCCUCGGCCCUCCCUCCCCCGCGGCCCUGGCCCGCUCCCCGGGCCGCCGCCGCCGCCGGAGCCGCCGCGCCCGGAGAGCUGCCGCCGGAGGAUGCGACGCACAACAGUGUUCUAAGAACGGAAGCAUCUGGGCUGAAUGGAAUUUAGCAUCAAAAAAAGUCCUCUUUCUGUUCAGAAAGUUGUAAAGUGCAUAAAGAUGAAGCAGACACCAGAAAUCCUUGGCAAUACAAAUGGAAAGACUCAGAACUGUGAAGUGAAUCGUGAAUGUUCUGUAUUCCUCAGCAAAGCCCAACUCUCUACCAGUCUACAGGAGGGGGUCAUGCAGAAAUUUAAUGGCCACGAUGCACUUCCCUUUAUUCCAGCUGAGAAGCUGAAAGAUCUAACUUCCCGUGUGUUUAAUGGAGAACCCGGUGCUCACGAUGCCAAAUUGCGUUUUGAGUCCCAGGAAAUGAAAGGAAUUGGGACACCACCUAACACUACCCCUAUCAAAAAUGGCUCUCCUGAAAUUAAGCUGAGAAUCACCAAAACAUACAUGAAUGGGAAACCUCUCUUUGAAUCUUCCAUUUGUGGUGAUGGUGCUGCUACUGUGUCCCAGUCAGAAGAAAAUGGACAGAAACCAGAAAAUAAGGCAAGAAGGAAUAGGAAGAGAAGCAUAAAAUAUGACUCCUUACUGGAGCAGGGCCUUGUGGAAGCAGCUCUGGUGUCCAAGAUCUCGAGUCCCUCAGAUAAAAAGAUUCCAGCUAAGAAAGAGUCCUGUCCAAAUACCAGCAGAGACAAAGACCACCUGUUGAAAUAUAAUGUCGGCGAUUUGGUGUGGUCCAAAGUGUCUGGUUACCCUUGGUGGCCAUGCAUGGUUUCUGCCGAUCCACUCCUUCACAGCUAUACCAAACUUAAAGGUCAGAAAAAGAGUGCACGCCAGUAUCACGUACAGUUCUUUGGUGAUGCCCCAGAAAGAGCUUGGAUAUUUGAGAAGAGCCUUGUAGCUUUUGAAGGAGAAGGACAGUUUGAAAAAUUAUGCCAGGAAAGUGCCAAGCAGGCACCCACGAAAGCUGAGAAAAUUAAGCUGUUGAAACCGAUUUCAGGGAAAUUGAGGGCCCAGUGGGAAAUGGGCAUCAUUCAAGCAGAAGAAGCUGCAAGCAUGUCAGUGGAGGAGCGGAAAGCGAAGUUCACCUUCCUCUAUGUGGGGGACCAGCUUCGUCUCAACCCUCAUGUAGCUAAGGAGGCAGGCAUUGCUGUGGAGUCUCCAGGAGAAAUGGUGGAAUCCUCAGGAGUCAUUGAAGAAGCUGCUUAUACCCUCAAGUCCAUGAGAGAAGAGGGCAUUCCCAUCAAGAGGAGGCGGAGAGCCAAGCUGCUUAGCUCUGCUGAAAACCAAGAAAGUGACCCCGGGACAGUAAAGACUACUCCCCAAAAGACAGCAGAGGCUGACCCCAAGAGAGGAGUAGGAUCUCCUUCUGGGAGGAAGAAGGCCGCAGCCUCCACUCCGCGGAGCAGGAAGGGAGAUGCAGCAUCCCAGUUUUUGGUCUUCUGUCAAAAGCACAGGGACGAGGUUGUUGCUGAGCACCCAGACGCCUCGAGUGAGGAGAUCGAAGAGUUGCUUGGCUCCCAGUGGAACAUGCUCAAUGAGAAACAGAAAGCGCGCUAUAACACAAAGUUUGCCCUAGUGGCCUCUUCCCAGUCUGAAGAAGACUCUGGUAACUUAAAUGGGAAAAAAAGAAACCACACAAAGAGGACACAGGACCCUACAGAGGACGUUGAAGUUGAGGAUGCACCCAGGAAAAGACUCAGGACCGACAAGCAGGGUCUUCGGAAGAGAGAGACGAUCACUGACAAAACGGCCCGAACAAGCUCUUGCAAGGCCAUAGAGGCAGCCUCUUCGUUGAAGAGCCAGGCAGCAACGAAACAUCUGUCUGAUGCAUGCAAACCACUGAAGAAGCGAAAUCGGGCUUCUGCAACAGCGUCUUCAACUCUUGCGUUUAGCAAAAGUUCAUCUCCUUCUGCAUCCUUAACUGAGAAUGAGCUUUUAUGGGAGCCCACAUCAGUCAAGUUGGAUUUGAACUCAGCUGCCCUGUACUGCUCUUAAAAUGAUGUAAUAUUCCAAGAUGUCUGCUGCAGGUGGUGUAUCAUCGUACACACUAAGUGACAUUCCUAUCACAAUCAUUUUAUGGAAGAUGUGUGAUAAUCUGUUUUUACUGGUAUUAAUAAACACAUACAAUGAAGAAAACAGAUAACAAAUUUUAAGACCAAGGUAAGAUACCUAAUCAAGGCCAUUUAACCAAUCACAUUCAUCUCAUAAUAGAAACACAUUCAUAUUCUAGUGACCAAUGUAGAUUUCAAAUUGAAAGGAUGCCCUUCAGUCAGGGGCUGUCCUGGACCUUCGACAAGGACACCAUACUGAAGGGGUUAGUCUUGUUAAAGGUCAUAUUUCUCCUCUAGUUCAUAACUUACUGAAUUUUUAUUGAAAAAUGUCAGCAUCUGUACCUUCAAAAACAGAACAACAGCACAUAUUAAAAGGAGUCCUCGUUGACUAUUCUCAUUGCCAGUGGAAUGUAUUCAGUACUGUAGAUAUGAAACUAAUCUGCAACAUAAAACGCAGGAAGAGUUUUGAUUCUGUUUUUUUACUAAACAGUUUUACUAUGACACUAGAUAUAGUAAAUUUGUAGGAAAAAAUAUAAUUUACAGUAUCAUCGUGAACCAUUUAACUCUACUCUUUUGAUUCAAUGACUGAUAUCUAGGGGAUACCAUAAUCAGGUUAUUUACACCAAUGACUUCAUCAGUUCUUUUGUAGAACAUCAGCCAUCAUAUUAAAUGUCUCAAUCUGGGUGACCACCUGGGGUCAUGCCCCAGGGUGUCCGCAUGUUUGCAUGGUGAGGAAGAGGCCUCAUGUGCUCUUCAGCUCAUAAGAGGCAGAAGGAGUGCUAUUCACGUUACCAUGUUAAUAGCACUUGGUUCAUUCCCAGCAGACUCUUCAGAUGUGUUUUACGUUUAAUGAAAGUUUCUGACAAAUACUUGUGUUCUAAACCAUUAAGUAAUGUAACGCAUGUAAAACACUUAGGGUGCCUGGCGCCUUGCAAGGACUCAGUGGUUCGCUAUUGUGACAAUAAUGGUUAUAACAAUAAAAAUAAUAAAAUCACCAUCAUUCCAUUUUUAUCCAAAAAUAUAAAUUUUGCUUUGGCAUGAAAAGUAAUCCUCUUGCCUGCAUUAUGCACUUGGGGAUAAAAUAAACCCAGGAGUGGCAAACACUGGGUUUGAGUGACACUUCAGGGUACUGGACUGUGGCUAAGGGCUAUGGGGUGGCCCUGCUCAAAUGUAAUGGGAUCUGUGGCCUCAAAGACAGUCUGAGUCAUGCUGUUCCUAAAGGACAUGAAAAAGCUCAUGAGUAAUUUAGGAUUCUCGAAAAAACAAGUCACUAAAUUAAAGACUGAAAAAAAGGGUAUAAAAACGGCCCUAGUUCAAGAAAUGGUCACCCAAAUUAAAGACUCUGGCUUGAAAGGCCUUUGACAGGAAUUGAGAGACUUCAUUUGAAAUUAUAGCAUGAUGAAUUUUGAAUGGGUGGCCAGCCAGCUACCAAUAUGUGAUAGGUGCAUUAGAGGUCAGCCGAAGAAUAGGUGCUUUCCUCUCUAUGAUGAAGGUGAGAACUGUCAAAAGGCCUGAAUGGUAUGUCCACAAGAGCAGCAUAAAAUUAGCAUCAGCUGAGUACAUAGGGGUUUCUAGGGGGACAAGGAUGGGAUUAUGUGGUGUUUUUCAACUGAGGGAGGCAUCGUCCUUCCAGGGAUGUUGGGAAGGUUGACCAGGCGGGCAGAGGCGGGUGUACUUAGCAUCCUGCAGUGAGAGGGAUAGCCCCACAUAUGGCAGAAUUGUCCCACUCCAAAUGCCAGUAGUGGUCUUUUUGAGGGAUGCUGGGGAGGAGUGGAGUUCCUGAAAGGGUCCACCCAUGGCUUCCUGAAGGAGGUGAGUGGAGAGGGCUUCUGUUUUGAAAGAGCUUAGGGAUGAGUAAUAGUUUGUCUGCAAGAGUACAAAAAUUCAUUAUGCUACUAAUUUAACAUGGAAUUCCUUCAUUUCCUAAAGAAGUCAAGAUAACGCCGAUACGUUCUAGUCUUAAGUCAUUUGAGCUGCCCGUUGUUGAAAUGAAUUUUGCUUAUGCUGUACAUAGAAUCAUUGUAGUUAUCCCACUGACUUGCUUCAAAACAUUUUCCAUAUGCCACGUUUGUGCCUGGUGAGGGGAGGUAACUACGAGAAAGGAACUCUCUAGUAUAAAACGUGAGGCAUUCGCAAGAGGUAAAAACUUCUCUGAAUAUACAAAAGUUGACGGUGUAGCUAUUCUAAAAAUGAAAGUACUCCAUUGUAAAAGAUUAGCACCUGAAGUAAGUGCAUGUGUUGGCAAUAGAGGUCCUGCAUUGUUUAAACUGCCCCACCUGCUAUAGAUAGACUUCUGUCUCCCUUGUGGCCUUUCUUCAGUUAAUACUAAAGUUAAAUGUCUGUUCUUCAGUUGUGAUGAAUUGAGGUGUAGUUACAUCUCAGUACUCUCUUUAGUAUACGUUAUAUCUGUAUUUCCCAACUGAAAAUAACCCCAGUAUUUUUAAGAGGAUGUUCCUAAAAACCAACAAGAAACCUAAGUGAAGUUUCAGGACAAGGAAGCAAAGUUUCAUGAACGUAAGGCAAAGGGUGGCUCCAUGCAACGUGUGAAGGAGUCCGUCCCACCUCCUGCAAGGAAAGAUAGCCUGCUUCAUAGACGAUUUCUGUGGGGUCACCCCCAGCUUUAGAUGUGCCUGGUUCUGUGGUUUUCAUUGAAAGUUCAUGGAGAAGCACAGGGAGGUUUAAAAUGGAGUGGUCAGGGAUUGGGGAGUGGGACAAGGGAGAUGGCCAUUUCAAGAGGUUUAUGUAGUUGGGGAUGUUAACAGCUGAAUACACUAGAGGAAAGGAUCGAGAAAACUGUCGAGACCUGAACUGUCAGCAACAAGUUCAUUACUCCCAUAGUCUCUUUGGCCCUGACCUGCUCGCCCAAGAUUUGUGACCAAAGGUGUGUGAGAGUGGCCAGACUUGACGGCAAAGCAGAGCCAACGUUGCCCAAUGGUGGGUGACUCUUAAUACCUACUGAGAGUCUGUUUUUGAAAUUUUCUGAAAAAGAAGAAAAGUAAGACUGUAAAUUAUCUAGUUCUCCAAACAAAAAAACGUGCCCAUGUAAGGGUAUAAAAUUAAAGUGAUAAAAAAAUGCCCUUGAGAGUGUUCUCGGCCUGAUGCGAGUAGACAUUGGGCUCGCUGUGGCAGAUGAUGAGUUGUGAUUUUGUUCAUCAUUUCAAUAAUAGUAUAAGUGUUUUUAAUAAAGGAAAGUUCUCCAUUCAUCUGAUCCAGUCCACUAGAAAGAAGAGUGCUUGGCGAGUGAUUCUUUGUUGACUUGCGUAAACACCGUGCAUGGGCCUGAGGUGUGCAAGAAGACUGGUCUAAAGCUGAGGUUUCCCUCUACCAGGAGGGACUCCUGUCUGAAAGGGUAGAUGAAAAAUAUGAUCGCUGUACCUUUGGCAAGUUUACUUGAUUUCUUGUUCUUUUGAUUUCUAACUUAACAUGCUUCUCAAACAUAUCUAGCCCCUCUAAAUUAUUAAUUCAUUUUUAAGGUUGUUCUGGUUAGGUAGACGUUUGUACAUGGACUGGGUGAGAGCCCUUUUGACUUAGUGUGAAACUGUAGCAUUUUAUGCUUUUAAAAUCAAUAAUGACUGUCAGUGACAAUCAAUUGUCCGUAGCAGGUAGAAAAUUAUGUGUAUUGUAUCCAUCUUAUUCCUUGUACCGUCUGGAUGAGGGGGAUGCUCCCUUUGGGGCAUAUUCACCUGCGGGGGCGUCCCUCCAACAGCCAACAGUGCUCACUGUCAGUUUAAGAACCCAACAGACCUCAUCUUCUUAGAUGCUUUUGUAACUACAUAGUUACAUGUUAGAGUCACAUUUAUAAUUUUUCCUGGCCUCAUGCAGUUGUUGGAUUUUUGCAUAUAAUUCUUUGGCAUAUAUGUUGAAGCAUGCUAACCAUUCAGGCAUGUUGUAUCUUCAAGAAAUGACUGGGGUGGGGGUGGGAGUGGCCUGGCACAGCAGGAGGGCGUUUGCUCAGCCGCAGGUGCUAACUGAAGCGACUGGAGCAGCGACUGUGGGAGUUUUGUUACUGUUUUCAAGUCUGCCACAGGCAGGGCAGAGCCUGUUACCUGCUGCUGGCCGGCCCAGGCCCGCCCCAGCCCAUUCUCUACAGGAUGGUCACUGCCGAGGACACAGUUUGGACAAAGUUGGGUUGAUAGGACAUUGUAGAAACUCAUUUUAGCUGUGAUGAGAACUGGCUUUGAAUCUGGAGCAGCAGCCGCAUGGCUCUCGCUGGCACCUUCUGGGGCUGUUGGACUACACAGAAGCUGCCAAGGUCAGAAGGUGGGUGUGAGCACAGUGAUGCUGUGUGAACUGGAGAUUUGUGUGUUCUCAACAAUUCAGACCUAGCCCUAGGAUUUAGGGGCGGCUAGGAAGGUUCUAGUCUUUGUCAUCUAGAAGGGUCACUUUAAUAAAAGUUAUGAUGAAUUGUAGUAUUUUAGGUGAUGAAUGACUAAAAAUUAUUUUAAUUCUACUCUAAUAUUUCACUGUGAUAUUAACUUGGAAGACCUGUUUGAGAUAAGUCUUUUGAUUUUAAGCUCAUUAAAUCCAAUGAGCACAGGAUUCUUAUCAUUUGUAAAUCCGAAAUACCGUGUGAAAGUACUUCUAGUUAAUCUAUUUCUUCCUUUACAAAAGCGUAAUAACUUAAACAUGAAAAUAUGUUCGUAUAUAGAAAUAUUUAUUGUUCAAGGUCUGUAAUUGUAUUUCAAAAAUGAUGUAGUAUUCAACUUGUGAAGGGAUUUGUUUUGUCAGAAAAUUAAAAAUUCACUAUGUAUAACACCAUCUGAGGCGUAGGGAACUGCUUUCCAGUCACAGCAAUGAGGACCUGCCUGGGAUUUGCAUAAGUCACCCUAAAUGGCUACUUGGUUUCUAGAAGUUGGUUCAAAUGUGUUCACUAGGUUACAUUAUGUUCAUUAAUAUCAUCUUGAAAAAUCCCUGUAAUAUAUGUGAAGGAGAUUGCAUUCCCUGCCCAUAAAAUAAUGUAUUUCUAAGGCAAACAGGCAAUUUGAUACUAUGAAUAUUGAGUAGAGAGUAGAGAAAGUAUUUUCAGACUCAAGAAAACUUUGACAAGUCAGGAACUAAGCUGCUUGGAAAUCAGUGCUGCAAGUGUGGCUUUGGUGGAUUCGGGAAGCAACGGGCAAAUUCUUGACAGAGUCUGUGUCCAUUCAGUUACUACAUUUUUUCUUUUCCAAAUGCAUCCUAUUGGAUAUGGAAUAGACCGUAGAUGUCGUAGACUGAGAUUUGGGACUGUGUUGGGACCGUACAGGUGAAUGUGUCACUUUCACAAACGGCAUCUCCGAGUAAGUACCAUCACCUGGUGCACAUGGAGGUGGAGCCUGCAGCUGGAGUAAGGCGUGCUGGUGUGGCGCCCUGCCUACUUUGCCCUUCUUGCGGGUGGUUUGCCGAGCGGAGAGCCGUUGGAUCCCCCCGACUGUGUGCUAGUUGUCUGUUCAGUGGCUGGGAAGGGGUUUGGUGGGAUGAAAGUCGGAAUCUCCUGCAAUCUGUGUCAUAGACUGUAAUAUUGUAAGGUCUGUAUUCUGUAUGUGUAUCUUAGACCCUAAUCAGGAAACGAGCCUCAUGUGUGUCUUUAACAUUUAUAUUUCCAUUCAAAAUAUGUAUUCAGUGUUUAUUUCCUCAAAACAGACUUUGUUAAUUUAGGAAAUAUCUCCAAGUGGAAUAACUUUUUCUGUAAAUCUUAAAUAAAAGGUGCUGUUCCUUCCUUUGA